AUGUUAGACCGAAUUAACCAAUAUAGUCCUACUCCCCUGUGGUUGGAUUGCGAUCCUGGCCAUGAUGAUGCUUUUGCAAUUCUGAUCGCCGCUCAUCAUCCAUCUUUGGAACUUCUUGGAAUCAGUACUAUCCAUGGAAAUGCAUCGUUAGAGAAGACAACCGCCAAUGCUGGCAGCGUUCUAGAGGCGAUCGGCAAACCCGACGUUCUUGUCUAUCCCGGUAGCAACAAGCCAUUUUCACGGCCUGCUCUUCAUGCGCCCGAUAUCCACGGCGAAUCCGGUCUUGACGGGACCGACCUUCUUCCCAAGGCCACUAGAGCACCCAUCACCGAUAAGAACGCCAUUUUGGCCAUGAGAGAUGCUCUUCUUGCACAGCCCAAGGGUACUCCCUGGGUAGUCGCAACGGGUACCUUGACUAACAUCGCACUGUUGUUUGCAACAUUCCCCGAGGUGGCUGAACACAUCCAAGGGCUGAGCAUUAUGGGUGGUGCCAUCGGUGAAGGAUUCACCGAUGCUCCCAUGAGCAGACUCCCAGGUGAGAAGGCCAGGAUUGGAAAUGUGACCCCAUGGGCCGAGUUCAACUUCUACUGUGACCCGGAGUCUGCCAAAUCAAUCUUUAGCAACCCAGUUCUUGCAUCUAAGACGACUAUCAUGGCCUUAGAUCUCACACAUCAGGUUUUGGCAUCACAGGCUGUUCAAACGCGCAUCUUGCAUGGCUCGAUCCACUCGACCGAGGAACCCACUAUCCUUCGGCGGAUAUUGCAUGCCCUACUCAAUUUCUUUGCUGCCACAUACGAGAACGCCUUUGGUUUGACCACUGGGCCUCCACUGCAUGAUCCUCUUGCUGUGGCUGUCGUCUUGUCCACGCUUAAUCCAGCCUUUGCCAAUAAACAUCCCAAUCAAGCUCUUGCUUUCGAUGAUAAAGGCGGCGAGCGUUUCGCUUUGAGUAUCGUCACAGAUGGAAAGCACGGGAAAGAUGUAUCCACAACAGGUCAGCUGGGUCGUUCGAUCGCUACUCCUGUUGAUGGUCCAGGCGUUGCCGUUCCCAGGGGUGUUGAUCUAGAUGCCUUCUGGAACAUGGUCCUACAAUGUGUCCAGCUGGCCGAUGAUUGCAAUGCUGCACGUAUGGUCUGA